AUGAAACGGCAACAAACAGUUCAACUCGCGAACAACUUGUCGAUAGAAACAACAGAAGACAACUACCAACCCGAAGUAGUAGACCAUUCACUAAUGGUCAGUGAUGAUAUUAGUUCUCAAUAUGAAGUGAUCAAACCAUCCGAAAUGACCGCAAAUAGUCAUGCAGUAUCUGUCUUUGGGUGUACUGUAUCGUUCAACAAUCCGCUUAAAUACAUUCAAAAGACAUUUGGUAAACCAGUGAUGGAGAGGACUGGCACAGUGGAGUUAAAUGUACAACAACCCACCCCUGACAUACCUCAAACGUUUGAAGAGCGUGAAGACAUUUCAACGUACUACAAUUGUUACAUCAGUUUAGACAUUUGUAUGGUCUUUGGUGUCAUGCAAUUGUACCGAAAAAGAGGACUUUACUACCUCAACUACAUCCCUACGGAAACGGUCAACCACCCAACCGGAUUAUUCAAUUUGAUCAAUGCAAGAUCGUUUGUUGGUGAUUUGGAGGCGUACAGAUAUACAGUCUGUGUGAGCACUUUAGACGACUUUAGACUCUUUGAGGACGAGAAUGAAACUGCCACGUACUCGUUGAAAUUUGGGAAGAACGCGACAAACGAGAUAUUCCCAACUUUCAAAUUUAUCGGAGACCGGGCAAAAACAGAAGUGGAACAUCUGAUUAACGAUUUGAAGAGUGUCGAAACACUUAAAGUAGUGCAAGAUGCUAAAAAUGGGACGAAAUUCCAUUUGUACCACGUGAAUAUGGAGAGAGUCAAGUCGGUGAUGCUUGGUACUGAGACGCCGUGGGAUAAGAUGAAUCGGCCUGAUUUGGUACGCCAACGGACAUCGUUGGUCAUAACGAAUCACAUAGAAGGGAUGAAUGCGUUGUCGAUGAAAGUGAUCAAUUCAUUAAUGGACAAAGACGGAAGAAUAUCUGACGAGAACAUGGAUGUUAUUCGAAGGACAUUAUACUAUAGAAGUUGCGAACAAGAUGCACGAGAACUAGCGUGGUCUUUAUGUUUAGGGUUUUUGGAUUAUAAGAAGACGCGUGUGGAGCGGAAGGAGGAGGAAGAGAAGAAUCUGAAGAUGUAUGAGAAGAUGAAAAGUGUGUGGGAGAAUGUGAUACCCGAGCAGAAGGAGAAUUGGAAAAUGUACAAACAAAUAGAAGUGCAAAUAGAUAAAGAUGUGAGAAGGACAGACCGCACGGAUUCGAAAUUCAAAACGUUGGGGUGUCAAAAUCUAGUGAUUCUCAAAAAUGUCUUGAUGACGUAUUCAUUCUAUAAUAUGCGACUCAAUUAUGGACAAGGGAUGAAUGAUAUAGCAGCCGGCUUAAUGGAUGUAGCGACGAAUGAAAACACCCUUUUUUGGCUCUUGAAAUUGGUGAUGGACUUCUUACAGCCAUUUUACUUCUGUGGGAAUGAUGUCAUCAUGAAAGCACUGAAGAAGAAUGAUUCGAUAUUAAGGUUUGCAUCGCCACAAUUGAGUGAUUACUUACAACAAAAGGAUAUCUCUUAUUUCUUUUGCUAUAAGUGGAAUGCGCUGCUAUUUAAACGGUUCUUUAAGACUGAGGAUUUGAUUCGAAUAUGGGAUGCCGUGUUUGCAUUUCCAACAAAAAAAAUGUUCUAUUUCAUCACUGUUGCUAUAUUGAAGGAAUACACCGAUCUGAUAAUUGCAAAACAGUUGUCAUUUGAUGAACUCAUGAUAUUCAUUCAGACACUCACAGAAAGAAUCCCAAUCGGUGUCAUUUACGACGCCGAUGUGCUUUAUCAAGAAUUCAAAAUGACGGCAGACAAAGAACUUGUAAGAUUCGUGUAUGAAACGUUUAACUACAAACCAGUGUUUUAA